UGUCCCCGCCUGCAGGGCUGCAUCUCCCGGGUCAGAGGAAGACGCUGUGCGGGGCGGCGCUCUGUAUCCUCCCCGCCACCUCCAUGUUCCGCAUCCGGAACUGACAGCGACGCCUCUGACAACCGAACGUGGCUCCACCACAGGUCUUUAAUCUGUUUCUAUGACAACAGAGAAGGCUUUGGCAGAGGAAAUGGAGGGUGACUCCAGGGGAACCAAUCAGGUUCCAGAGGACCACCGUGAUGCGGAUGAAAGCUCGGACAAGACUCCGAGCAAGUCUUCCAAAUCGCCCCAGAAGAGCAACAAGAGGCCCAAGACCGUCCCUGUUAAAGUCAGUUUGCUUGACGGCUCCGACUACGAGACUGCCGUUGAGAAAUUUGCCAAAGGCCAAACACUGCUGGACAUGGUGUGUGGCCAUCUGAACCUACUGGAGAGGGACUACUUUGGCUUGACGUUCCACGACCCCGACAACGCCAAGCAUUGGAUGGAUCCGUCCAAGGAGAUUAAAAAGCAAAUUCGGGUUGGCUCCUGGAUUUUGGGAUUCUCUGUUAAAUUCUACCCUCCAGAUCCAUCAGUACUCAUUGAGGACAUCACCAGGUAUUACCUGUGCCUGCAGUUGAGGGAUGACAUCCUGUCUGGCCGUCUGCCCUGUUCUUUUGUUACGCACGCCCUCCUGGGCUCCUACACUGUUCAAGCUGAACUGGGUGACUAUGAGCCUGAGGAACAUGGGCCGGACUAUGUCGCUGACUUUCGCUUUGCACCUAACCAGACACGGGAGCUGGAAGAAAGGGUGAUGGAGCUGCAUCGUAACUAUAGGGGAAUGAGUCCAGCAGAGGCCGAAGUGAGUUUUCUAGAAAAUGCCAAGAAGCUCUCAAUGUAUGGUGUGGACCUUCAUCACGCUAAGGAUUCUGAGGGGAUUGACAUAAUGCUGGGUGUCAGCGCCAACGGUCUGCUCAUUUACCGAGACCGUCUAAGGAUCAACCGCUUUGCCUGGCCAAAGAUCCUCAAGAUCUCCUACAAGAGGAGCAACUUUUACAUCAAGAUUCGUCCUGGAGAGUAUGAACAGUUUGAGAGCACCAUUGGCUUCAAGUUGCCCAACCAUCGGGCCUCGAAGCGACUGUGGAAGGUUUGCAUUGAGCACCACACCUUCUUCAGGUUGGUUUCUCCAGAGCCGCCUCCAAAGGGCUUCCUGGUGAUUGGAUCCAAAUUCCGCUACAGUGGGCGAACUCAAGCCCAAACCAGACAGGCCAGUGCUCUGAUUGACCGGCCCGGCCCUCUGUUUGACCGCUCUGUUAGCAAGAGGUACCUGCUGUCCCGAAGUAUUGACGGCUCUUCAGCUUUAGGUAACAGUAUGGACCAGUUGUCUCAGCGGAGCUCGAGUGAACGAACACAGUUCAUGUCCAGAGAAGACCUGGACCAAGAAGGCAGCCUGGACCUAGACCAUGAUCACUACCACUAUCCGUACCAGGACCAAGACCAGGGUCAUGACACUGACGAGGACUUAGAGCUGAACCGGGGUCCAGAACACAUUCAUGGUGCAAGCAGCUCAACAUGCAGCAAAACUUUGGAACUCAAGGCGGAGGAAGCAGCCUCGCCUGUAGACUCAAAACCAGAGGAUCUGGCCACGGCUCGGCCCAAGCAGGAGCAGUUCUUAGACAAGCCAGAAGAUGUUCUACAGAAACACCAGGCUAGCAUCAAUGAGCUGAAAAGGGCUUUGAGGCAGCCCAAUAGUAAGAUGACACAGCGGGAGAAACGUGCUGGCUCUGCUACUUCUCUUGGAGGAACCCCAGAGCGGAAACCAGAGACACCUUCGACACCUGCCAUUCAUGAGGAACCUCUCAGCGAUUCCGUGCGGGAGCCUUGGGAGCGACGUCUGGGGUCAGUGUCCGAGGACGAUCAAGACCACGAGAUCUUGUACUUGAAGGAAACCCACUUGGGCAUCGAGCGCAAAUGUUCCAGUAUCACAGUCAGCUCCACUUCCAGCCUGGAGGCCGAGGUUGACUUCACCGUCCUCACCGACCUGCACACGGGGAUGGAGGAGUUCUCCCGGGGCAUGUCCGAGCUGGGCGAGCGGGACUUGUCGCCCGACGGGGGUUUGCGGUUCGGGAUUGACUUCCUGCAGCAGCAAGGGCCCUCAGAGUUAUGGCCUCCUUUGGUGUCUGCGCCUCCUGUGUCCGGAGGCGUGAGCAGCAGUCCUCCAGCUAAGCACAUCCAAGCUGAAGAAGUCCGGACAGAACCCAAGCGGAAUGAUGUACAGCCUGUAGUGCCUAAAAAGCCCAAGAGGUCGGUACCAGUGUCAGCUUCAGUGGACCGGGAGCAAGCACACAGGGAAGCCAUUCGGGUCACCAGCGGCGCGCCUCUGAGUCGGGAAGCCAGUGAUGUCAUCGCCGCAGUGAGGAAGACAGACGUCAGGAUGGAGACCCAGCCUAAUGGGUCAGAGGUCACGACGACCAUAGUGGAGUUCACAGAUCAGGAUCACGGUAUGACUGGCCUGAGCGAGGUGUCUUACUCCACAAGACAGAGCGUGUCCCCUGUGCAUAUGGGCAGUCUUGGAAGAGAGACGACAGGGUCUCCCAUCCUUGUCACUGAAAAUGUUACAUCGGCGACCACGCAGGUUACCAAGACGGUGAAAGGGGGCUACUCAGAGACCAGAAUUGAAAAGAGAAUCAUCAUCACAGGAGACGAUGAUGUGGACCAGGAACAGGCUCUGGCCAUUGCAAUCCAAGAGGCCAAGCAGCAGCAUCCUGACAUGCAGGUGACCAAGGCGGUGGUUGUCAGGGAAACAGAAUCAUCCACUGAGGAACGUCAUGCAUCAGCGUCGUGAUUUCCUGACAUUAGAAGCUGUCACGUUUCAUCCCAGAUGACAGCCCUUCCCCCCGAAAGAAAAACGGAACUCUUUUUGAAUCUAAUGUCUUCUAUUCUUAUUUCUGUUGAAACAUAUCUUUAUUCUUGUGACACAGAAUGCUUUGGGGGCG